AAGAUAGCAGUUGGAGUUAAAGUCUCUGGAGCAACAUUUUGCUUUUAAGAAGUCAGCAUUUAAAAACGAUAUGCUGAUUUGGAAGGUUCUGGGAGUACACUGCAAACUUUAUUUUUUCCAUUUGAUCGAUGGAUUUUUUAAUCCUUCCUUGGAGUUGAUGAAGUUUGGAGAUGGUGUGUGAUGGGAAAUGUGGUGUGCUGGUGUUUUUUUAGUGAUUGCCUCUUGGAUUAGUUUGCUGCUUUUUUGAAGAGAUUCCAUUGAAGGGCAAGAACCGAAUGUGAUGGAUUUAUCUUCAGAAAUGAACAGACAUGGGAAAAAUCCAGUGAGUCACAAGCUAGAAGAUCAGAAGAAGAUUUACACUGACUGGGCCAACCACUACCUAGCAAAAUCAGGCCACAAGCGGCUGAUCAAGGACUUGCAACAAGACAUUGCAGAUGGAGUACUGCUAGCAGAAAUCAUCCAGAUCAUUGCAAAUGAAAAAGUUGAAGAUAUCAAUGGAUGCCCUAGAAGUCAGUCUCAGAUGAUUGAAAAUGUUGAUGUCUGCCUUAGUUUUCUAGCAGCCAGAGGAGUAAAUGUUCAAGGUCUAUCGGCUGAAGAAAUAAGAAAUGGAAACUUAAAAGCCAUUCUAGGGCUGUUUUUCAGUUUGUCUCGCUACAAACAGCAGCAACACCAUCAACAACAAUACUACCAGUCCUUGGUGGAACUUCAGCAGCGAGUCACACACGCUUCCCCUCCAUCGGAAGCCAGCCAGGCCAAAACUCAACAAGAUAUGCAGUCCAGUCUGGCAGCCAGAUAUGCAACUCAGUCUAAUCACAGUGGAAUUGCAACCAGUCAAAAAAAGCCUACUAGGCUGCCAGGGCCCUCUCGGGUACCAGCUGCAGGCAACAGCAGCAAGGUCCAGGGAGCGUCUAAUUUAAAUAGGAGAAGUCAGAGCUUUAACAGCAUUGACAAAAACAAGCCUCCAAAUUAUGCAAAUGGAAAUGAAAAAGAUUCCUCCAAAGGACCUCAACCAUCAUCAGGUGUCAAUGGUAACACACAGCCUUCCAGCACUGCAGGACAGCCCCCUGCCUCUGCCAUCCCUUCUCCUAGCACCAGCAAGCCCUGGCGCAGCAAGUCCAUGAAUGUCAAACACAGUGCCACCUCUACUAUGCUGACUAUAAAGCAGUCGAGUCCAGCCACCUCUCCCACACCAUCUUCAGACAGACUAAAGCCACCUGUCUCAGAAGGAGUCAAAACUGCUCCCUCAGGACAGAAAUCUAUGCUUGAAAAAUUUAAGCUGGUCAAUGCCCGGACUGCUUUACGUCCCCCACAGCCUCCCAGUUCAGGACCGAAUGAUGGUGGGAAGGACGAUGAUGCCUUUUCUGAAUCGGGUGAAAUAGAAGGUUUUAAUAGUGGUCUGAAUAGUGGUGGCUCAACAAAUAGCAGUCCCAAAGUGUCACCUAAAUUGGCCCCUCCAAAAGCUGGAAGCAAAAAUCUCAGCAAUAAAAAGUCUUUGCUACAGCCAAAGGAAAAAGAGGAAAAGAACAGGGACAAAAACAAAGUUUGCACUGAAAAACUGGUCAAAGAAGAGAAGGAUCAGAUGGUGGAGACAGCUCCAAAAAAGACCUCUAAAAUUGCAAGCUUGAUCCCCAAGGGCAGCAAGACAACAGCAGCCAAGAAGGAAAGCCUAAUUCCAUCUUCCAGUGGGAUUCCAAAACCAGGGUCAAAGGUCCCAACUGCAAAGCAAACCAUUUCAGCAGGCAACACAGCAAACAAGGAAUCUGAAAAAUUCAGGACUACCAAGGGAAGCCCUUCCCAGUCCAUACCUAAGCCCAUACCCACUGAGAAAGCAAGCACAUCCAACUGUCCUGCACCUUUGGAAGGAAGGGAAGCUAGCCAAGCCUCUCCCUCCAGUUCCUGUACCAUCCCAGUGGCACAAAGCAGUGGGCAGAGUGCAGGAAAUGGUGCUGUCCACCUCCCCCAGCAGCAGCAGCACAGUCACCCCAACACUGCCACAGUGGCUCCAUUCAUUUAUAGAGCACAUUCAGAGAAUGAAGGGACCUCUUUGCCAUCUGCUGACUCAUGUACCAGUCCUACUAAAAUGGAUUUAUCAUAUAGUAAGACGGCUAAGCAGUGCCUAGAGGAGAUAUCUGGUGAAGACCCUGAAACAAGAAGAAUGAGAACAGUUAAAAAUAUAGCAGAUUUGAGACAGAAUUUAGAAGAAACUAUGUCCAGUCUUCGUGGGACUCAGAUAAGCCACAGCACCCUGGAGACAACAUUUGACAGCACUGUGACGACAGAAGUGAAUGGAAGGACCAUACCCAACUUGACAGGUCGACCCUCUCCCAUGACCUGGAGGUUGGGCCAGGCGUGUCCUCGACUUCAGGCAGGCGAUGCUCCCUCUAUGGGUGCUGGCUACCCUCGCAGCAGUACCAGUCGAUUCAUCCACACAGACCCCUCAAGGUUCAUGUACACAACACCUCUUCGUCGGGCUGCUGUCUCUCGGCUGGGAAACAUGUCACAAAUUGACAUGAGUGAGAAAGCGAGCAGUGACCUGGACAUGUCUUCGGAAGUCGAUGUCGGUGGAUAUAUGAGUGAUGGUGAUAUCCUUGGAAAAAGUCUCAGGGCUGAUGACAUCAACAGCGGGUACAUGACAGAUGGAGGGCUCAACCUGUAUACCAGAAGUCUGAACCGAUUACCAGACACAGCAACAUCCAGAGAUGUCAUCCAGAGAGGCGUUCACGAUGUGACAGUGGAUGCAGACAGCUGGGAUGACAGCAGUUCAGUGAGCAGUGGUCUCAGUGACACCCUCGAUAACAUCAGCACUGAUGACCUGAACACCAUGUCCUCAGUCAGCUCUUACUCCAACAUCACUGUCCCUUCCCGCAAGAACACUCAGCUGAAGACAGAUUCAGAGAAACAUUCCACAACAGAUGAGACCUGGGAUAGUACGGAGGAGCUGAAAAAAACAGAAGAAGAUUUUGACAGUCAUGGGGAUAGCGGGAGCAAGUGGAAGAGUGCCACCCCGGGACUUCCUGAAGACCCUGAGAAGGCAGGGCAGAAAGCUUCCCUGUCUGUUUCACAAACGGGUUCCUGGAGGAGAGGCAUGUCUGCCCAAGGAGGAGCACCAUCCAGGCAGAAAGCUGGAACAAGUACACUCAAGACUCCUGGAAAAACCGAUGAUGCCAAAGCUUCUGAGAAAGGGAAAACUCCCCUGAAAGGAUCGUCCCUACAAAGAUCUCCUUCAGAUGCAGGAAAAAGCAGUGGUGAUGAGGGGAAAAAGCCUCCCUCAGGCAUUGGAAGAUCAACUGCUACCAGCUCUUUUGGAUUUAAGAAGCCAAGUGGAGUAGGGUCGUCAGCUAUGAUCAGUAGCAGUGGGGCGACCAUCACAAGUGGUUCUGCAACACUGGGUAAAAUCCCCAAAUCUGCUGCCAUUGGUGGAAAGUCAAAUGCAGGAAGGAAAACCAGUUUGGAUGGUUCCCAGAAUCAGGAUGACGUUGUGUUGCAUGUCAGUUCCAAGAGCACCCUGCAAUACCGUAGUUUGCCCCGCCCUUCCAAAUCCAGCACCAGUGGCAUUACUGGGUCCAGAACCAGCACCAGCAGUAUUGAUUCCAAUGUCAGCAGCAAGUCAGCUGGAGCCACCACUUCCAAACUGAGGGAGCCCACGAAGAUCGGGUCAGGGCGUUCAAGUCCUGUCACUGUCAACCAAACCGAUAAAGAGAAGGAAAAAGUAGCAGUCUCAGAUUCAGAAAGUGUUUCUUUGUCAGGUUCCCCCAAAUCCAGCCCUACCUCUGCCAGUGCCUGUGGUACACAAGGGCUCAGGCAGCCAGGAUCCAAGUAUCCGGAUAUUGCCUCACCUACCUUUCGAAGGUUGUUUGGUGCCAAGGCAGGUGGCAAAUCUGCCUCUGCACCUAAUACUGAGGGUGUGAAAUCCUCCUCAGUAAUGCCCAGCCCUAGUACCACAUUAGCGCGGCAAGGCAGUCUGGAAUCACCGUCGUCUGGUACGGGCAGCCUGGGCAGUGCUGGUGGGCUCAGUGGCAGCAGCAGCCCUCUCUUCAAUAAACCCUCUGACCUAACUACAGAUGUUAUAAGCUUAAGCCACUCUUUGGCUUCCAGCCCAGCAUCGGUUCACUCUUUCACCUCAGGUGGUCUCGUGUGGGCUGCCAAUCUGAGCAGUUCCUCUGCUGGCAGCAAGGACACUCCAAGUUACCAGUCCCUGACUAGCCUCCAUACGAGCUCUGAGUCCAUUGACCUCCCCCUCAGCCACCAUGGCUCCCUGUCUGGACUGACCACAGGCACUCACGAGGUCCAGAGCCUGCUCAUGAGAACGGGUAGUGUGAGAUCUACUCUCUCAGAAAGCAUGCAGCUUGACAGAAAUACACUACCCAAAAAGGGAUUAAGAUAUACCCCAUCAUCUCGGCAGGCCAGCCAAGAAGAGGGCAAAGAGUGGUUGCGUUCUCAUUCCACUGGAGGGCUGCAGGAUACUGGCAACCAGUCACCUCUGGUCUCCCCUUCUGCCAUGUCAUCUUCUGCAACAGGAAAAUAUCACUUUUCCAACUUGGUGAGCCCAACCAAUCUGUCUCAGUUUAACCUACCUGGGCCCAGCAUGAUGCGCUCAAAUAGCAUCCCAGCCCAGGACUCUUCCUUCGAUCUCUAUGAUGAUUCCCAGCUCUGUGGGAGUGCCACUUCUCUUGAGGAAAGGCCACGUGCCAUCAGUCAUUCAGGCUCAUUCAGAGACAGCAUGGAAGAAGUUCAUGGCUCUUCAUUAUCAUUGGUCUCCAGUACAUCUUCUCUUUACUCCACAGCUGAAGAAAAGGCUCAUUCAGAGCAAAUCCAUAAGCUGCGGAGAGAGCUAGUUGCAUCACAAGAAAAAGUAGCUACCCUCACAUCUCAACUUUCGGCAAAUGCUCACCUCGUAGCAGCUUUCGAAAAGAGUUUAGGGAAUAUGACUGGCCGAUUGCAAAGUCUUACCAUGACAGCAGAACAAAAGGAAUCUGAACUCAUAGAACUCAGAGAAACCAUUGAAAUGCUGAAGGCCCAGAACUCUGCUGCCCAGGCUGCCAUUCAGGGAGCCCUGAAUGGUCCAGACCACCCUCCCAAAGAUCUCCGCAUCAGAAGACAGCAUUCUUCUGAAAGUGUAUCUAGUAUCAACAGUGCCACAAGCCAUUCCAGCAUUGGCAGUGGUAAUGAUGCUGACUCCAAGAAGAAGAAAAAGAAAAACUGGCUGAGAAGCUCUUUCAAACAAGCCUUUGGAAAGAAAAAGUCCACCAAGCCUCCUUCCUCACAUUCAGACAUUGAAGAGCUAACAGAUUCAUCCCUUCCAGCCUCCCCCAAGUUGCCUCAUAAUGCUGGGGACUAUGGCUCAACAUCCAUGAAGCCCUCACAGUCUGCCUCAGCAAUCUGUGAAUGCACAGAGGCCGAGGCAGAAAUAAUUCUGCAGCUGAAGAGCGAGCUCCGAGAAAAGGAAUUAAAAUUAACGGAUAUACGGUUGGAAGCCCUCAGUUCUGCUCAUCAUCUUGAUCAGAUUCGGGAAGCCAUGAACAGAAUGCAGAAUGAAAUUGAAAUACUGAAAGCUGAAAAUGAUCGGUUGAAGGCAGAAACUGGUAACACAGCGAAGCCUGCUCGGCCACCGUCAGAAUCUUCUAGUACCACGUCCUCUUCAUCGUCACGGCAGUCAUUAGGACUUUCUCUCAAUAAUUUGAACAUCACAGAAUCUGUUACCUCAGAUAUUUUGCUAGAUGAUGCUGCCGAUGCAACUGGACACAAAGAUGGCCGCAGCGUGAAAAUUAUAGUUUCCAUAAGCAAGGGCUAUGGUCGAGCAAAGGAUCAAAAGACUCAGGCAUAUUUGAUAGGAUCCAUUGGUGUUAGUGGAAAAACUAAGUGGGAUGUCUUAGAUGGUGUAAUUAGACGUCUCUUUAAGGAAUAUGUGUUCCGUAUUGAUACAACAACUAGCCUUGGUCUGAGCUCUGACUGCAUUGCUAGCUACUGUAUAGGAGAUUUAAUUAGAUCCCAUAACCUAGAAGUGCCUGAACUGCUGCCUUGUGGAUACCUUGUUGGAGAUAAUAAUAUCAUCACUGUGAAUUUGAAAGGAGUAGAAGAAAACAGUUUGGACAGUUUUGUUUUUGAUACUCUGAUUCCUAAACCAAUUACCCAAAGGUACUUUAACUUGUUGAUGGAGCAUCAUAGAAUUAUACUCUCGGGACCAAGUGGUACAGGAAAGACCUAUUUAGCAAACAAACUUGCUGAAUACGUAAUAACCAAAUCAGGGAGGAAAAAAACAGAAGAUGCAAUUGCCACAUUUAAUGUGGACCACAAGUCCAGUAAGGAAUUACAACAGUAUCUAGCUAACCUGGCUGAACAGUGCAGUGCUGAUAAUAAUGGCAUAGAGCUCCCAGUUGUAAUAAUUCUUGAUAAUCUACAUCAUGUGGGCUCUUUGAGUGAUAUCUUCAAUGGUUUCCUCAACUGUAAAUACAACAAAUGUCCAUAUAUUAUUGGAACAAUGAAUCAGGGAGUUUCUUCAUCACCAAAUCUAGAGCUGCAUCACAAUUUCAGGUGGGUAUUAUGUGCAAACCAUACAGAACCAGUGAAAGGCUUUUUAGGUAGAUAUCUUCGAAGAAAACUGAUAGAGAUAGAAAUUGAAAGGAAUAUACGCAAUAACGACCUAGUCAAAAUUAUAGACUGGAUUCCUAAGACGUGGCAUCACCUCAACAGUUUUUUGGAAACACAUAGUUCUUCUGAUGUUACUAUUGGUCCCCGACUUUUCCUUCCUUGCCCCAUGGAUGUAGAAGGUUCUAGAGUGUGGUUCAUGGAUCUCUGGAACUAUUCUUUGGUACCUUAUAUUCUGGAGGCAGUGAGAGAAGGUCUUCAGAUGUACGGGAAACGUGCACCAUGGGAAGAUCCCUCCAAAUGGGUACUUGACACAUACCCAUGGAGCUCAGUGUCUCUGUCUCAGGAGGGCCCAGCAUUACUUCAGUUGCGGCCAGAAGAUGUUGGGUAUGAGGGCUGCACAUCCACUAAGGAAGCCACAACCUCAAAGCACAUUGCACAGGCUGACACAGAAGGAGAUCCCCUGAUGAAUAUGCUAAUGAAACUCCAAGAAGCAGCCAAUUACUCGGGCACACAAAGCUGUGACAGCGAUAGCACCAGCCACCAUGAAGACAUUUUGGAUUCAUCUCUUGAAUCUACCCUCUAGAGGGUGAGAAAAGUUAGGGGGAAAGACUAUGCUUUUAAAAAAAAUGUUUAAAAGAAAAGGUAUUUUUCACUAAACCACUGCCAGUAUGAAAGCACCCUGUCAAGGGCCUGGCCCAGAGUUGUGGUCUCCAAGGAGACAGCAGAACUAAGUCUGAACCGCCAAGAUGCUAAAUCGAAUUGGGAGCUUCACUUUAUUUUAUUUCCAGGCAUUUUUAUAUCUGUGGAGUGUUAGAAGGCUCCAUUACUCAACUGGAAAGGACCCUGAUGACAACUGAGGGCAAUUGAAUAGAUUGCACAUGGGAUAGCCAAACUGGACUUUAUUACUGUGUUUUGGGUUUUGUUUUUUUUUUGGUUUUGUUUUUGUUUUCUCUUUACAAGUUUACAAUGCAGACCUUUUUGUCCCUUCCUUUCGUUUCCUCCCGGGGGUUCUUUUCCCCAGGCAGGGUCCAUUCUUCUGAUCCGUCCAGCCCCCUUUGUGCCACACAGGUGCUGGUCACAGGGCUCCAGUAGUGUUUGUGUUGUGUGUUCACCCCAUUCCAAAACAAAUCCGAGAGGCCAGUCCUCAUAAGCACAAAUGGAAUUGUGCCACCACCAGGAAAACACUACUGUGGCAAACUGGAGAAGUGCCAAUUUAAUUCUAACUGCCAUGUUCUCAUGACGUGCUCCACCAACUUUUUAGUGUACGAGUCACAGGUUUUAUAAGGUUGUUUUUACCACAGUGGUCUUUUUAAACCACCUGCCCACUCCCUUAACAAGAGUUUUAUACCAAUUAUUAGUCCACACUGACAAAAGGCUUUUUUUAGGGCUUUAUUUGUUCGAGCCUUUUCAGUGAAAGAAGGAACACUUCCUAUGGUGCUGUCUCACUGCCUUAAAACAGAUUUCUACAACAGUUUAACCAUUGGUUUAAAUCCUAAACCAUGGAUAACUUCCACUGUCCUUUCAUUUACAACCAAGCAACACCAAUGAACAUAGUAGCUUCAUCUCUAUAUCUCUUUCUUUUUUUUUUUUUUAA